UAGUAUCUUGCUUGUUAUAUAUUUGAUUUUAACAUAUCUAUAAUGACAAGUAAAUUUUCAUUAUUUUGUUUUUUAUUAAUAAGUAGUGUACAUAGUAUUAUUUCAAGUGAAAUAUACCUCGAUUGCUAUUAUAGUAAGUAUAUACUUUACAAUUUGAACACCAAAGUAAUAUAUUUCAACAAAAUUAUAUCAGCAGAUAAACCAGAUAUUUUAAUUAAAAAAUUUGCUAAGGGUCUUCAAACCUUGGGUCCAAUUGUAAAAGCGAUGGCUGAAAAAAUAAAAUCAAUAAGUAAAAUAAUUAUUUCAUGGUCUACAAGUCCAUUCAAAAACUUGAAUGGAUUAUUAUACACAAAUUUUUAUUUGAAUAAUCUUUCAAAUACCUUACUAUUACAAACGUAUCAAAACGUAACAGUUCAAACUAGAGAAUUAAGUGAUCGAGAAAUUUUUAUAAACGAAUUUAAGAAAAUUUAUCCAAUAUUAUUUGAACAACUAAUACAAAAUAUUUUAGACGCAUGUUAUAAAGGUAAACAAAUGAAUUUCCCCGAUAUUGUCAUUCAAAACCAAUUUGUCGAUCAAAAUUAUAACGAUAAUGUGUUUAUUAAUGAUAUGUUACCACCAAAUAAUGAAACUAUUGAAACCUUAUUCGAUAAAAGUAACAUUGAACUAACAAUGAGUAAAGUAAAUGACACUGAAGUUGAUUUAAGAUAUUAUUUUCAAAUAAAAAUAGAAAACAAAGAACUGAAUAAAACUGUCUAUCACCCGAAAUCCAUGUUGUUUUCAAAUUUAUUUGAUUUAAGUAAAAGAUCUAAAUUUAGUGAAAUAAUUGAAGUUCCAAUUAAUGAAAAACUAGAAAACGGAAAUUAUCCAAACAUGGAAGUGUUGUUUGACAUGAUUAAACACACAUUUGAUGUUGACUGUGUAGAAUCAUUCCAACGCCAAAUUGUAGCUGCAACAGUUUAUCCAUAUUACAUUUGUGUUGCUAAAUUUGCACAUUUAUUGAACAAAAUAAUUUUUGGUAAUUAUAUUGACGAAAGCAAAAUAAUUACUAGAGUCAUGAUAUAUAAGGAUAAUCUAAUAAAUGCAGGUAAAGAUUUGAAUAAAACUAUUAAUAAUUUAAUAAAAAUAAAAUAUUUACCAAAGAGCGUUGAAUUUCACUUGAGUGCCACUAAUGAUUUGUUACGAGGAAUAGUAGGAAUAAUUGAAUCUCAACAAAUUGAUGAAUUGGAUUCAGGAUUUAUUGAUCAACUUUAUUUGAGAUGUGCUGGUUCUAUGGAGUUUAAUUUAAUUCACUUUGACACUGGAGUGAAAAACACUAAUAUAUACGAUCAUACCGAAUGUGAAAAAAUUAUAGCUCAGUUGGAGAAUAAAAUUAAAAAUAUUGAAACACUCACAAAUAAUUUAAAUAACGAAGCUUCAACUUACUCUUAUUUUAGUAAGGGAUUACAAGUAUUUUCCUUUCACAAUACAUUUUCAGAAAAAUUAAAAUGUAACAUUGUUCAAAAAAAUAAACAAGGUUAUCUUAUAAUGGGAAAGUAA